CUCUCCAACCUUCUCCUUCCCGCUCCGCUACUUCUCCUUCUUCCAUCAGGCACAAUCAUACCUCCGCGGCACCGUCUAUGCGCCUGGCUCCCGGGCCCUCGGACGCAUACUAUGCCAUCAUUCAGGAGGUCUCCCGCCCGCUCCGCGAUCCGACCGCUGUGCAUUCCAAGAAGCUGCUCGUGCUCGAUCUGAACAACACGCUGCUCAUCUACGACUAUUGGGUCGAAAAGGUCUCGGCCUCUCGCCCAUCGUCGCCAAUGCUGUCUAGCAUCAUUGCAACACCCGUGGAAAUGCAACGGUCGCAAUCGCCCCACCCGACAGAGCAGCCCACCGACGAGGUCUACUACACCUGGACGAUCGCACGGCCAUAUGUGCCUGCGUUCCUCGACUACAUAUUCCAUCCCCAGACACGUGAAUGGCUGGACACGCUCGUGUGGUCCUCGACGGGCGAUGCGCUUGUCAAGGACAUGAUGGACACCGUGUUUGGGGACCGCCAAGGGAUGCUCAGGGAUGUGUGGGGCAAGAGUCAGUUAGGGAUGACAGGCAAAGGCAAUCAUCGGAGGUGGAACACGUUCAAGGAUUUACAGCGCGUUUGGGACGAGAUCAAGCCCGGCGGUGCCCCUGGUUCUCCGUUGCCUACUGAAUCGUCAAGCGGGACCACGGCUUUCUCACCGCGGACGACCAUACUACUGGACGACUCGACACUGAAAGCACGCAUGCAGCCAUUUAAUCAUCUUUCUCUCCUGCCCUACACGCGCGAAAUCUGGCUCAGCGAUAUGCACGCUGCUGCGAAGGACCGUAUGGCUGUGAAAGGAGGGGACCAGAAGGCGAAGAACGCGUAUUCCCGUGUGCUCGAGAGCGGGCUCGACCCCACCAUGCUGGCUAUCGUGGGUUUGAUCGAGGAGAUGAAGGGGGAGAGCAACGUCGCGAGCUGGAUCAGAUCGGGCGGUGUUUGGCAUUCGUCGUCAGAUGGCGGUCAGGGUAGAGACGAAGGCGAGAGUCAGAGCCCAAGCGCGACCGGAUCGAGUGGUGCGGAGUCCCCCGUGUCCCCUGCGCCUGGGUCCGCCGUGUCGUCGUCCGGGUCGCCUCUGACAUCCGCGCCCGUGUCCCCUGGCACGGAUAACGAGAAGAAGACCUCGGUGAUGACGUUUGUCUCGUCACGCUCGCCCCCUGCGAGCCGCUCUGGCUCGGGUCACGCGUCGGCACCCACGUCCGGUACCCCACAGUUUGCGCAGUCUCUCCCUCCCUCCUUGUACGCAGCGGACUGGUCGUCGCGCACCCACGCACAGCCUCAUACUGCGCAGUACCCGCAUUCGCACCUCGAAUCACGCCUCCAGGCUCCACAGGACAAGGACGAGAAGCGGCACGAUAACUGGUUUACGGACCGUGCGAAUCGUGACUUCUGGGUGCAGCGCGGGUGCGCUGUGCUCGAGGAGAUGAGGAUCGAGAUUAGGCAUGGCGACGGCGAUCACGCCGCGGUUGUUGGCCAGAAGGUGAUGGAGAGGGAGGUGGGUGGAGAGGACGCUGUAGUGCUGCAGGCGGCGCUUUAGGCGGCUGAUGCCGCCAUGGACGAGAACUUCGCUUGAUACCCCCCGAUUGACUGCUGUGCUGCACUAGAAGAAUUGUGGAUUCCGUGUCGUUUGCUAGUGCUUUCCCCUUGUGCUUCUUUUUUGUCUGUUGCUUUCAUGUUUUUGCUUUCAGACUUCCAUGCUGCUUUCCCCAAAGUCCGGUCACGUACAUCGUCAUGUAUAUCAGGAAAUCGCACUCGCGUGUACAGUUGUAAAUUACGCAUGUAUUAAUGUUGCUUGAUUGUUAUAGCAGUGAUGCAUUGACG